AAUCUUUAACUCAUCAUUUUAUAUUUCAUCAUUUGUAGUUCUGCGUAGAGCUGAAACUGGGAAACGAAGAAAGGUGCUCUGGUGUGGUAGUUGCCAGCUACCUAGCCCACCACGGGGCCAACUUUUACUGUAAAAACAAAAUUGGCAGAACACCAUUGGACCUAAUAGAAGAGGAAGAUUUAAAAAAGAUGUUAAAGACGUUAUUCUCACCGCAAUGUGUGUUUUGUGAAGACGAAGUGGCCACAGAGACGUUCUUUCCAUGUAAACAUCUUUCGCUGUGUAAGAAAUGCUGUCCCCAAAAGAUACCUAAACAAUGCCUCAAGUGUGGACAGAAUAUAACGAGCAAAAAUAGUUUGGUUGGUCCAAAUUCGUCAAAUAUGGAAGUCCAGAUGGUGGCAGGACCAGUUGGGAGUCCAGAGCUGAAGGAGAAGGAUCUUCUGAGAGUGGCUAAGAGGUUAGGAAGAGAUUGGUGGCAAGUAGCAAUUUUUUUAGGAGUUGAUACAACUAAACUGAAAAUUGAUGAUGAGUCUAUUGACGCUGUAAAACAAGGCUAUCUGAUGCUUUACGAAUGGUACAGGAAUUGCGACCCAGAAACACGGACACACGCAACAUUACGUGCAGCUCUUGAAGAAGCUGAAUGUGUCGCUGCGAUGGAAUGUCUGUCAUUAGACGCAAAGUGAAUUUCUGUGUAACUGUUGUUGUUUAGCCUCAGAUUAACCUCGACCAAACAGAGACUUAUGAUCAAACGCAUUCCAGCCAGGACCAUCAUGCCUAUUUCCAAAGAGAACCCACAACCACAUUGUCCAAUAUGCCCUUCUGUACAGUGAUAUCGUGUGAAUUUAGCUACCAAUUCUAGCAGGUAUAUCAACCACAUAGUGAUCCCUUCACUGGUUUGGCUCCUUUGUUAAAAAUUCACAUUUAAAAUAAAGACAAACUUUGAAAUGUUCA